AUCCAUCGCCUCUAUAUAAGAAGACGACGCAGCACACUGGAAACCUGUAGAAGAAAUUGAAUCAUUUCUUUUUCUCUGCUGCAUAAACAUAUCACGAAGAAUGGAGCAGAAAUCGAUGCAUUUCGUUCUUGUGCACGGGGCGUGCCACGGAGCGUGGUGUUGGUACAAGCUGAAGCCGCGGCUAGAGUCCGCCGGCCACCGGGUCACCGCACUGGACCUGGCGGCGUCCGGCAUCGACACCCAGACCAUCGAAGAGCUCACCUCCCUGGCCGACUACUCCCGGCCGCUGAUGGAGUUAAUGGCGGCGAUUCCUCCCGGUGAGAAGGUGAUUCUGGUGGGCCACAGCCUGGGAGGCCUCAACUUGGCCCUUGCCAUGGAUCACUUUCCCGAUAAGAUCUCCCUCGCCGUUUUCUUGACGGCGUUCAUGCCGGAUUCCGUGCACCGGCCGUCUUACGUUCUCGAACAGUUUUCGCAGAAGGUUUCAAAAGAGUAUUGGUUAGACACUCAAUUUUUAUCUUACGGCACUUCCGAAAAGCCCCUCACAUCGAUGUUUUUCGGUCCAAAAUUCUUACGAUCCAACCUCUAUCAACUAUGCUCGGACGAGGAUUAUAUGCUUGCAAGAAUGUUGUCAAGGCCAGGAUCGUUGUUUGUGGAGGAUCUAUCGAAGGCAAAGAAUUUCUCGAGCGAAGGAUUUGGAGCAGUGAAGAAAGCAUAUGUAGUUUGCACCGAAGAUAAGGGCAUAUGGGAGGAAUUUCAACGGUGGAUGAUAGAGAAUGGUGGAGCAGGAAUAGAAGUGGAGGUGAUGAACGGUGCUGAUCACAUGCCUAUGCUUUCCAUGACCCAAGAGCUCUGCAAUCGUCUCUCUCAAAUUGCAGCAAAAUACGCAUCUACUACUUAAGUAUUAAAUUUUAAAUUACACUAGAAUAUUAUAUUAUAUUAAGGGACAUCUAAAUUAACAAUUAUAAUAUGACUUUUUGUACUUUAAUAUGGAAGUCUCAAGUUCUAUCAAGAGCGAAAGGAAAGUAAGACAUGAGAUGGGUUACUUUUUGUACAAUUCAAAUCCUAAGCCUUGGCCCAAUUAUUAUUAUUAUUUCUUUUGAUC